AGGACGUCCUGUUGAGGGUGGGUAGAGGGGCUGUGGGAGGUGGCCAGGGGCAGAGGAAAGGCUGUGAGGGGUAGAGGUGAGGCAAUGAAGGCUGCUCAAUGAAGGGGAGGCAAUGAGGCAAUGAAGGGGGAAGGCUGCUCAGGUUGCUUCCCAAAUGGAUGCACAAGGUCUAGAGCAGAGUGUGACAAGGUCCUGCUAAUCCCUCCGCAGCUGCUGGAGAUGCCAGAGGGCCCCUCAGUGAGGAAGUUCCAGCUGCUGACCUCCCCUUUUGUGGGACAAGUGGUGGCCAAGGUGGGGGGAAGCAGCCGGAAGCUCAGUGUGAAGGACCUGAAUGCCCUGAGGCUGCAGGACUCCCAGGUUCAUGGGAAGAACUUGUACCUGGCAUUUGUGGCAGCUGAAGGUCCCUUUGGACCAACUGCAGAAGAGACAGCGCUGCAAAGAGAGGCUGCUUGUGGGGCACAGUGUCCUGCCCGGGGACAGCAAGGACAGGGUGGUGCUCCACAUCCCAGUUCCCAGGAUGAGGAGCUGCAGGAACCCCAGCACUCAAGAUCUGAAGCUCCAGAGGCAGCAGAGGGUCGGGGCAAUUGGCUGCGCAUCCACUUUGGCAUGUUCGGCAGCGUCCGGGCAAACGAGUUCUCGAGGGCAAACAGAGCCAAUAAAAGGGGGGACUGGAAGGAUCCUGUGCCCAGGCUGGUUCUGCACUUUGAGAGCGGAGGCUUCCUUGUUUUCUACAACUGCCGGAUGCUCUGGUGCUCCUCUCCGAGGGCUGAUCCUGCUUCUGACAUCCUGUCUGUGGAAUUCCACCGUGGCCGGGCGCUGCGUGCCCUCUGUGCACCCGAUCCCAUCUGCUACACCCUCCUAGACCAAAGACAUUUUUCAGGGCUGGGGAACAUCAUUAAGAACGAGAUCUUGUACCUGGCCAGGAUCCACCCGUUAACACCAGGCUCCCUCUUGGCUCUCUCAGAUCUGGAGCGUCUGCUGGACUGCGCCGUUCAGUUCAGCUCUGAGUGGCUGCACAACAAACUGUGUGGCCAAGGGCUGCACCCCCAGGUGUACCAGAAGGAGCAGUGUCCCCUGGGGCACCCCCUGAUGAAGGGCACUUUUGGACCCUCAGGUGGCUUCAAGAGACUUACAUGGUGGUGCCCUCAGUGCCAGCCUGUGGUGCUGCCAGGGGAUGGGGACCCUUCCCCAGUCACUGAGUGACCUGUCCUGCAGGGUGGUCUCUGAUCCAUGCUCUUCGUUCUCCAGGAAGGUCUCUGUGAUUUCUUUGAGGCUGAUGAGUUUGAGCCUUAGGGAGCUGGCACAGUUCAUUGCUCAGUGGAGGUCCCAGGCCCCCUGAGUGGCUGCAGAAAGGAAAAAGUGGCUGUCCAUGUUGGUGGUGUUUUGUUGUGGUGGUGUUUUUUUGGUUUUUUUUUUUUUGUUGUUUGUUUGUUUUUUUUGGUUUUUUUUGUUUUUUUUUUUUGUCACAGUGGCAAAGCAGUAUAAAGAGUUUAACCAGUUCUGAGGUGUUUUGGUUGCCCUGUUCAGGUGGCAGUGGAUGGGAAGUGUAAAAUGUUGAGCAGGGGAUUGCUGUGGUCUGAAGGGACGCUGUCCCUUGACCCUGGAAGAGUCAGCAAAACAGAGGAUAUCCCUCUGCUAAGCAGCUUGAUUAAUUAGGAAUUAAACAAUCCUGCCUGUGUCUGGAGCUGUAUACCUGAUUAGGUGUGGUUAAACAUAAGGAGCUGCUCCCUGUGUCAGAUCUGACAGGAGCAGCUCCCUCCUUCCAUGCCAACAUAUACAAAAUAUAUGUCAGCACUGCUUGGUGGAGCUCAUCUCUGCACCUACAGGUUUCAGUUUUGCGGCAAACUGCCAAUUCCAGAUCUCACUGUAAUAAUAAUAAUAAAUAUAGGUUGUGACAGUGUUGCAUAAAACUCAGGAUCUCCAAGGAAACCUGAAAGCAAAAAGGUUUGGAAAUAGAGUUGUGUCUCUAGGUGGGAACUGCUGCCAUUCUCUCUCCUUGGAUUUGAGUUUAACAGUAAGUUGUUGAGCAAAAAAAAAAAACCUGGAAUUAGAAUUCGUGAUGUUCAUCUCAAGCGUGUCGUGUCCUUUCUGGCAGUUUCUUGGUUAAAAGCUGGGGUGUACAUGUGAAUUCCUGCUGCCUGGAAUUGGUUAACAGCUGCCUCUUUGGUGCUGCCUGUGGUACCAGUGACUUUCCUUAGCUGUGUAAGUGUUCUCAUUAAUGGAAACUGGAUUUAAAGAUAGAUUGCAAAUCAGCUGGGAAUGCUGGAGGUAAACACUUCUGUUGUAGGCAGCUGAUUCCUAAGCAAGACUUGCACAGCCUCUCCCCUGUGAAAUGAAAUGCCUUUGAGAGGUUGCAGGUUAUGAGAUUGCUGAAUAAACGAUUAAUGGGGUUAUGGGGCCAAAGAAGGUGGGUAAUGUCCCUUCUGCAGGGUGUUGGCAAAGUGUCCCUUCCAAAACAAAGAAUUGCAGAAUAUCCUGAGUUGGAAAGGACCCAGAAUGAUGAUCAAAGCUCAGCUUCUGGAAAAAAGCCACUCACAAAAAAGAACCCCAAAAGCUGAGUCUUGCACUUAGAACAA